UAAUUUGCUAAUGGUUAUAAUUAAUUAAUUUCUAUGGCACGUGCUCUAAUCAAGCACCAUUUUGAAAUUAAAACAAAGUUUUUAACAAAAAUAAAUGUUCUAAAACUGAUUUUUAAAUGUAACGGUUAAAAAAGGUGACAGUUGUGAUUGUUUUAAAUCAUCAAAACUUUUAACUUUAAAUUAUUUUAGUGUGUGCUGUUUUGUAUUUUAAAAUCUAAAAAUUUGAAGACAAAAUGAAUAGUAAAAAAGAAAAUAGACAGAAUCAACAGAUUCAAUCAUUCGUACGAGUUCGGCCUCUAAGCAGUCAAGAAAAGGAACAACGAUCUCAUAAUGUUAUCGAUGUACCUACGAAUCGUGAAAUUAAUGUUCGUCAACAUGCUAUGUCAAAAAAAUUUACAUUUGAUCGUGUAUUUGGACCAAAAUCUACGCAGCUUGAAUUAUAUUCGGUGGUUGUUAACCCUUUAAUACAAGAAGUAUUGGCUGGUUAUAACUGCACUGUAUUCGCUUAUGGACAAACCGGAACCGGAAAAACCUACACAAUGGCGGGAGGGUCCGAAGGAACAACAUCCAAUGGAUCAUGGCAAAAUGAUCCACACGCAGGGAUUAUACCUCGUACUUUAAGUCAGCUAUUCGAUGAAUUAAGAUUGUUGCAAGUGGAGCACACGGUACGAGUCUCAUAUUUGGAGCUGUACAACGAAGAAUUAUUUGACUUGUUAUCGCCAAUCGAAGACUCAUCCAAAAUACGUCUUUACGAGGAUAAUGUUAAGAAAGGAUCAGUCAUUGUUCAUGGAUUAGAAGAAGUGACUGUUCAUAACAAAAAUGAAGUUUACAAGAUUUUACAAAAAGGCUCUGAGAAACGUCAAACUGCUAGCACGUUAAUGAAUGCGCAGUCAAGUCGAUCGCACACAGUUUUUUCUAUAACUGUGCAUACCAAAGAAAGUACGAACGAAGGUGAAGAUCUUUUGAAAACGGGAAAAUUAAAUUUAGUGGAUUUAGCUGGCAGUGAAAAUAUUGGUCGAUCAGGAGCCGUUGACAAACGUGCUCGUGAAGCUGGCAACAUUAAUCAAUCGUUAUUAACACUUGGUCGUGUAAUUACGGCUUUAGUUGAAAGAGCUCCACAUGUGCCGUAUAGAGAGUCUAAAUUAACUCGCUUGCUACAAGACUCUCUUGGCGGACGAACCAAAACAUCUAUCAUUGCUACGGUAUCACCAGCCGUAUGUAAUUUGGAAGAAACGUUGAGCACCCUUGAAUAUGCUCAUCGUGCGAAAAAUAUUACAAAUCGUCCAGAAAUAAACCAAAAAUUGACAAAAUCUGCUAUGCUUAAGGAAUAUACUGAGGAAAUAGAACGAUUACGACGUGACCUUACUGCAAGUAGAUCAUGCAACGGAAUUUAUUUAGCGCCAGAAAAUUAUAAUCAUAUGGUUAACGAAAUCGAAAACUAUGCACGAGAAUUAACUGAAAAAAUAAACGAACAUCGAGCAAUCAGUGAUGAAUUAGAAAAAGUAAACGAUAUCUGUUCACAGCUUAAAUUAAAUUUAACUGAAACCAAAGCAAACUUACUUGAGAUCGAAAAAAAAUUAAAAGAAGUUACAGCGAUUUCGGAGGAGAAAGCACAUUUAGUUGAAAAAUACAGUGAAACUGAAGCGAAACUAGGAGAUCAAGCUCGCACACUCUUAAACGUUGUCGAAACGGUUACAAAAGAUGAAAAUAAAUUACAUGAUAAAUUGGAACGCGUUAAAAUGAUUGAAUCGAAAAAUACAACAGAAAGUGAACGAUUCCAAAAUGUUUUCAAUUCAAAUGUCUGUGAAAUGCAACAAAAAAUUCAAACAUUUUUUCAAACACAAAAUAAUUUUAUCGAAACACAUGUCUCGCAGAACGUUCAACAAAUCAACUCUAAUAAAUUCGAAAUGAUUGCCAUUAAACAAAUUUUAAACGAUUUAUUUUCACUCGGAACGAAAUUACAAAACGAUUUACGUGAAACGUUAAACGGAAAUAUUGAAACAGAUGAAAGAUGCUCUGAUGAACUGAAAAAGAUUGUUCAGAAUAAAUUUAAUCAUAGUUUUUCAAUUGUAAACGAAUUGUUAAAUACGAAAAUUCUUCCUCUAUUAGAAACGUCAAUCACAAAAUCUGAUAAAAAUGUUGAACAAAUUCACGAUAAUCAACAACAAUUAAUUUUGAAAUUUAUUGAAUCCCAUCAAAAUUUUGAGAAAUUAUGUUUAAAUAUCGAACAAUCUAUGAAUUCAACAUUUCAGAAAUUCUCAGAGCUUUAUACGAAAAAUAUUCAUACAACUCGAGUGAUGAAUGAAAUCAUUCAGAAACAGAGGAACGAUUUAGAUGAAAUGGUGCAGAAAAUUAAUUCGAUGAAAGAAUUUAAUGAAAAUCUUGAAGAACAAACAGCUAACGUACAUAAAACAUCUGAAAAUAUGAUUCGACUUUAUGAAAAUAGUUGCCACGAUGUGAAAAAUGUUGAAAAACAAGCGAUUUUGGAUUCUAAUGAACGAUUAAAAUUAAAUGAAAAACUUGUUGUAGAGAUAUCGGAUGAUUUAGUUCGAAAGGAAUUUAGUUUACGUGACAAUUGUAAGGAACUUAAAGAACAUCUUACAACUGAAAUCGACGAAUUUAGAAAAGUUUUCGAUUCAAAUAUUCAAACAGCACAUACAAAAAUUACCGAUAAAUUAAAAAACAAUAUUGAAAAACACGAACUGAUGAAAAAUUUAACAACAAAAAUCGAUGAAAAUUUAUCAAACUUAAAAACGAAUUCAAACAAUUUACAAAUCACGUUCGAAAAUUACCAAGAACAAGUGAAAUUAUCAUGCGAUUCAAAUAUGAGUCAUUUAACAGAAGAAAAUUUAAAUAUUGAGCAAAACAUUUGUUCGGAUUUGAAUGAUCGUAGAAUCGAGGUUGAAAGAUUUUUAACCGAAGAUAUUAUUUUGGAUGGUACGAAACCAACGGGAAAUACACCGAUCCGUAAAGAUUUUAUACCAUAUCCAAGAUACUUAGCAGCAACAUCACCACAAGAAGUGAUUUUGGAACGGUUUAGAAGGCGACGUUUAGCUGACAACAAUUUGCAGUCACGAGAUGAAGUUGUCAAUGGAAUUGUGGCAUCUGAGUCAAAUAUCAUCGCCGAAGAGGUUUGUUUGGAGUCUGAACAAACGGCCGAAUUGGUUAAAUCAUCAUCUACAAAUGAUUUAUGUAACACAAGAGAAGAGAGGUGUGAAGCUGGCUUUACUACCCCCAAUCCACCCAGUAUUCACAGGUUAUCAAACAAAGAAAACACUGGAGAUUCAUUAAGAAGACACAAAUCAAAAUCAGCAACACAGCUUCAAAGAGUUUCGGAUAAUAAUCCGAAAGCACCUGUUUCAGCAUCACGUGUAGUAACUAGUAGACGGGCAGUACUUGGUCCCUUAGAUAAUUAAAAUAAAGUGAAUUAACUGUUAUAAAUUUAUAUAAGGAUGAAUUCUUGUUGACUUCGAGUUGAGACAUAGUUAUUGAAAUAAAUACCACGAUACU